GAACGAGCCGUCUCUCCGUCAGAAUCACCUGACGUUAUGGAAGUUAACGUUCGUUCCCCUGCGGCAGCGGAUAAAGAGAAAAAUGUAGAACCAGAAUCCACGCUCGCUACAAUUUCUUUACGCGCGCUCGUAACGACUAAAGAGGCUGGUGUCAUUAUUGGAAAAGGUGGUAAGAACGUGAGCGAAAUUCGUGAUAGAUCUGGUGCUAAGGUUACCAUAUCAGAAAUGGUUCAAGGCGCUUAUGAAAGAAUUCUGACGGUUACUGGGCCUUUAGAUACUGUCGCAAAGGCUUUUGCUUUGGUCGCUCGGAAAGUUCUGGAUGAAAAUUUGGACACACCAUCCACUCCUAAUUCGAAGUCUACUACUAUUCGGCUUCUUGUUCCUCAUACCCGAAUGGGUCCUGUUAUCGGUAAAGGAGGAACCAAAAUUAAAGAAAUUCAGGAAAAGUCUGGUGCAAGAUGCCUGGCUUCUGAAGAAAUGCUUCCACUAUCUACAGAACGAACUAUUUCAAUCACGGGUGUUCCUGAUUCAAUCCAUAUCGCAGUUUUUCAUGUUGGAGAAGAACUUGCUAAACAUCAAAACGAUCGAAAUACUGGAAUUACUCUGUACAGACCUCAACCGCGGAUUCUUUACCAUCAAGCCGCUCCGGUUGCAGGUACUCAUCCGUUUUAUGGACUUCCGCCGGCACCUCCACCAUAUGGACGUGAAUUCAUGCCAGGACCUCCGGGGCCGAUUAAUCAUCAACCCCCGCCAGGAUCUCAAGCACAACAAAUUUUUAUUCCUAACGAUAUGGUUGGCUGUAUUAUCGGUAAGGGGGGAAGUAAGAUCAAUGAAAUCAGACACCUUUCUGGUUCACAUAUCAAGAUUGCUGAACCACACGGAAAUACCAACGAACGACUAGUCACUAUUACGGGAACCCCUGAAUCAAAUCAGAUGGCACUUUAUCUGCUAUAUA